AUGGACUCCUCACAAUCUGUUGAUGCUACAACUCAUGUCACUGACAGGGUUCUCUAUCGCCGUCUGGUAGAGAUUGGAGUAGAUGCAGAAGAGUCCAUGAGGAUCAUGGCCUUUUGGAUGUGGAUAGAGGCACAAGGGUUUAUUGAACUGGUCCCUAAGAUAUCUGCCAACAAUGACCAGCUCUUGGCAAUGGUGGCUGACGAAAUCAAGGCCAUUCUAGCCGCUCUUGACCCCAGUUCCUCCACGCCAAUUACUCAAAAUCUCUGCCCUAUCACUUCCCUGAUUUUGUACCCCGUCUCGGUCGAGGAAAUCUUUGGGGACAAAGACCUCGUCUCCGAAGGUGUCUCUGAGGUUCACAACCAAGUUUGUGGUGUUCUUUUCAAGGAUGUGUUUGAAGAAGGAGAUAAGAGUGGAAAAACUGAGGGUAGUGUGACCGAAGUUGGGGAAGGUUCAGGCAAAGACGGGAAUGAGGGAAGUGGGAAAACUUUGAAUCCUUUUGCCAAGGAAUGGGAUCCUGCCGUAGAGCGUGCACCUGAGGAAGAUAGGUGUUUGUUCCUGACUUUCUCUAAUGGCUAUCCUCUCAGUGACAACCAAAUUGUCGAGUUCUUUAACCAGAAGUAUGGUCCUUGCGUUGAGAGGGUUUACGUGCACAAGCCAGAUCCAAAUGCACCUGCUUUGUUCGGGAAAAUCGUCUUCAACACUGCCUUGUUUACAACUGUGAUCAUGAAUACACUUCAUCAGGCUAAGUUUAAUGUGGAUGGCAAACCACUAUGGUGUAAGCGGUUUGAUUUAUCUAAGAAACAUGGCGGCGAGCAGAAGUGA